AUGGAGGCGAAGCUGAUAGAGAGGCUGGAAGCCGCGGUGGCUCGGCUGGAGUCUCUAUCGGCCGGUGGAAUCUCGGAUAGGGGAUUACCGGACGGUGUUGAUGAGGUGUCUUCGGAUCCUUCGAUUUUGGCGUUUGACGAUCUGAUGGCUCAAUAUGCGGCUAGGGUUUCGGCUGCUGCCGAGAAGAUUGGAGGUCAAGUGCUGGAUGUGACUAAGCUAGUUCUCGAGGCAUUCUCUGUUCAAAAGAAACUUCUUAUCGAGAUCAAGCAGACUCAGAAACCUGAUAUGGCGGGCUUGGUCGAAUUUCUCAAACCACUGAAUGAAGUGAUCUUGAAGGUUAAUGCUAUGACGGAAGGGAGGCGAUCUGAUUUCUUCAACCACUUGAAGAGUGCUGGAGACAGUCUUUCAGCUUUAGCAUGGAUUGCUUACACAGGCAAAGAUUGUGGUAUGAGCAUGCCUAUCGCACAUGUGGAAGAAAGUUGGCAGAUGGCUGAAUUUUAUAACAACAAGGUUCUUGUAGAGUACAGAAACAAAGAUCAGAUCCAUGUUGAAUGGGCCAAAGCUUUGAAGGAACUGUAUUUACCGGGUCUGAGGGAUUAUGUCAAAAGCCAUUAUCCUCUUGGCCCGGUAUGGAGUGCUUCCGGUAAAAAGGCAUCUAGUGCUCCGCCAAAAGCUCCUCCACCAGGGGCCCCUGCACCUCCUCCCCCUCCACCUGCUUCUCUUUUCAGCUCAGAACCUUCUCAGCCUUCUUCAUCAAAUCCAAAACAAGGGAUGUCAGCUGUUUUCCAAGAAAUUAGUAGUGGGAAUGUCUCUGCAGGCCUGAAGAAGGUUACUGCUGAUAUGAAGACAAAGAACCGUACAGAUAGAACAGGUGUUGUUAGUGCCAGUGGAAAGGAAACACGUUCAAGCUCCCCUUCUUUCUCAAAAGCCGGACCACCCAAACUAGAGCUGCAAAUGGGUCGCAAGUGGGCUGUUGAGAACCAAAUUGGAAGAAAGAACUUAGUUAUUGAUGACUGUGAUGCCAAACAGUCUGUGUAUAUUUAUGGAUGCAAAGAUUCUGUUUUGCAGAUUCAGGGGAAAGUCAACAAUAUAACCAUUGACAAAUGCACUAAGAUGGGAGUGGUAUUUAAGGAUGUUGUGGCUGCUUGUGAGGUAGUAAACUGCAAUGGUGUUGAGGUGCAAUGUCAGGGUUCUGCUCCAACAAUUUCAGUGGACAACACAUCUGGCUGUCAGUUGUACUUAAGCAAAGACUCUUUAGGGACAUCUAUAACAUCAGCAAAGUCAAGUGAGAUCAAUGUGUUGGUGCCUACCGGACCUGAUGGUGACUGGGGGGAGCAUUCAUUGCCGCAACAGUAUAUCCAUGUAUUUAAGGAUGGUCAAUUUGAAACUACCCCCGUGUCGCACUCAGGAGCAUAAAUGAGACCU